CAGUCAUAUCAAAAAUAGAAGAGUACAACAUGCGCGAAGUGUGUUCAGUAUAAAUACAUUGAAAAGGGUUUAUAUAGUUUGACAGGUGGUCUCUCAUUUCAUUAGUAGCGUUUCAGUACAGCGAAGAGCAUUACCGUAAGACGUAUAAAAACUGGUGCCGAAGUUUAGACGGAAUAGCUACAUAGGAAUGUUGAGCCACCUACCUCCAAGUGUGAAGAAAAUUUGCGUUCACACCGGGAAUAUACUUAAUUUGAACGAAGUAAAGAAAAAAGCGGGGCAGAAUCCUACAGAUGAACUCAUAGAAAGUUUGAGGAUCACACUAGCUAGUUGGCAGCCAUCCAGCAAUGAGGGUGAUACUAUUCGAGUUUAUCGGAUGGAAGAUGGGCUGGGAUUCAAACUUGAUUCAGAAGAAAGAAGAGGGUUAAAAGUUAGUGUGAAGGUUUUUAUAUCAUCUCUAAAGAAAGAAGCUCUGAUAGAAGCUCUUGAUAGUGUGUUUACUGCACUUCAUACAUCGUGCAUUGAUUCGCUGGUUCUUGCAUACCCUUGGAAAACAGAGCCUAGCCUCCUUCUGCCUGGUCUUAAGGAGCUGUGGCAGGUACUGGAAGAGUAUGUGGAGCAUCAAAAGCUAAUCAGCAUUGGUGUCAGUGAUGUUGAGACAGACGCCUUCAUAGCAUUGCACGGUUGGGCUCGGAUAAAGCCAAGUAUUAUUCAAAUCAACUUGGCAAGUUGUUGCGUAGUACCGCCAGCACUCCAAGCUUUCACUAAAGAACAUGAUGUUCAGCUUCUAACACACAGCGAUCCUUUUGGAAACUAUGAAGAAGACCGAGAAAUUCUACCACGGGCAGCCCUGAAUGAAGUAUUUGGAUCGAAAGUUGACAAUGGCUUUAAUUCAGUUGAACUGCACUGGGCACUGAGGUUUCAAGUACACGUAAAGUGCCGCGGGGUUUUGUGUAGCAAGGGCUAUCUUUUAAGUGUACACCACUUACCAGGAAAAGGUGGAGAGGGGGUAGCUUCAUUAAUUGAGCUGCCGAAACCAUGACUCAUAUGAUAUAUAAGAUCUUAACAUUUCCACUGCUUGUUUGGCAUAUUGUGGCCCAGUCUUUGGGUAUAACUUUCCAAGAGAAAAUGCUGCGAAACAUAAAGAAUUGUAUAUCCUCAGGUUUCCUUUCUGAUGCAGGUUAACCCAUUUGCAAUCAAAUCACUUUGCCCCUUGAACUGCCUGCAACAUGUAGAAUCUUUCGAAGGUGUGUUUUUAUAUUUCACAUAAUUGCUUCAAAAAUUGAAAAACUGUUAACAUGGUUUGAUGUGAAAAUAAAGAAAUCUGCUUCCUGCAGGCAGAAAACUAUUUUCUUGUGUAAAAUAGUAAGUUUACAAAAAUUUGCUUUUGACUCAUUUUUAAUAGCAAUAAAAAACUCAUAAUAAAAAUAAUACAAGACUGAAUGAAAAAUGUCUUCAUUAAAAAAAAGUCUGAUUUAAUUUAACAUCAAAUCUUUUCAGAAACAGCUUUUCCCAGUGUUAUAAACAUAGUAUUUAUGUGGGCACCAUGGCCAAAAUUUGUUACAAAUGGGUUAAGGGAAACAACUGCGGCAAAGUCUCGAUUUAAUUUAUAUAAAAUACAUUUAAGCUACAAUAUUUAUAAUGCAGCUUUCUUAUAUAAAACAAAUUAUAACUCCUCUGUAUUUUUACCUACACAGCCAUCGUAUUUCAGCACACUUUGAAGCAUUUACCUUUUUCAUAACUAAGAAGAUGGUUUCAUGGUUUGACCACCUUUUAUUUAGAAUAGAUUUGUACCACUACUUGCCUUUUGUUAUAAUUAGAAUUAAGAGUCUUUCAUAAGGUUAACAAAUUAAGGCAUACUCUUCCUGAUAACUGGAAUAUACAAUUAUAAUGUGAAUGUUGCAGUAACCUAUGUGAUAUUUAAAGAAUAUUGGAUAUGUCAUCUGAUUUAAAAAUCUGUCGCUAUAUAAUGUUAACAGUGAACUUCAGAUUACAGGGUAUGAGGUUUAUGCAGGUGUUUACAUUUUAUAAAAAAUACAUUUAAUGUAAAGGAAAAUUCAAGCAGUGUUGAAGAAAAGUAACAUCAAAACAAGGUAUAGGGUUGUUCAUAUUAUCUUGAGCAAAUUCAAGGUGAAAUACAGAUAACUUUAAGUGCAGCAUAGUAUAUGUUACUAGCUUAAUCUGUAUGAUUAUUUCUCUUGGGCUCUGUCAAUUGUAUAAGUGUCCUUUAAUUAAAACUACAAUAUUUUGGAUGCUGGCUUUGCUUUUGUCUGCAGGUGGGAGGGCAGAACUACUUAAUUAGGCUCCAUGGUCAAGCUAAUCUCAUUAAUUCCAAAAGAACAAAUAUACAUGUUAUGUUACAGUGUCAUCAGAAACCUUUAAAUUUCACUUAAUGUCUUGUUAGCAAUAAAAUCUGUGUGGACAGGAUUUAAAAACCUUCUGUGAUUUGAGGUCGCCAAGGUUAUGAUCAAACUAGCAUCAAGAAGAAUAACAGCUCCUUCACUUAAUAAUUUUACACUUUACUUUCAAAAUGUGAAUUCAGCCCCAGUGGGUAAAUUGUCAUUACACUGGCUGUUAUACUUCUGCCCCGUGUUAACAUGUUUUUGUGAUAAUGGUGCACUAACUCUUAUCGGCCAUGUGUAAUAGUGAAUGUGUGAUCAAACUGCCUGCAGAUCACAGUAACAUUAAACAGAGUUUAAAGUCCAGCUGACUGCUCCAUAGUAUGGGGUUUUAAGUACUAUAUUCUUGUAUGAUAAAGGUUAAGUUCACAGAUAAUAGUUUUUUCAAAAUGUCUAUAGCAACAUGUGAACUAAGUUAACUUUUUCAGUUAAUGAAUUAAUUGAAUCUCACAUUAUGACUUGUUUCCAAGAUAAUUUUGAAAACGCCUACUGACCUCGCUGGUGGGAUGCCAGAUAAAGACAUUAAAUGAAAUGUGUACCAAAUAUUUCUUAAAGUUUGUAUGACAGUAGUGAAUUAACCAAUUACAAAACUGUUAUCAAAUGGUAUCCUAACAAAUGUAUCUGCACUUCUCUGCAUUAAGUAACAAGCAUGAAAAGUCUUGCUCAUUGAAACCUACAGAUUUGUGAAAAAGAGGGAAGACUAAUGUUUAUGAAAGGAUCAUUCCAGUUAUUGCAUAUGAUGUAGCAGUGUAAUAAGGUACAAAGAUGAUGUGGGGAGAAAUGGUGAUAUUUCAGGUUGUCAUGUUGGCAAGGAUGAAGAAGACAGUCAUCUUUGAGGGGGGGAAACGGUCAUUUACUGUUGUGCAUCUGAAAAUUUGAUGAAUAUAAUUAUGAUGUUCAGAGUGAAAAUUCUAAUUCUGAGAAAUAUGGUCAGUGUCAAUCAUUUUCUUUCUGAGAUAAAUAAUUUCUUAAAAAUUUAAAUGUUACACAGCAUAUUGAAUGUCACUUCAACAGUGCGUGUUUCAUUAUAUGUCGAAGGAAGUGGCUGUGAAUUUUGGUUAGAAAAAUGUUUUCAUAUUUAUGCUGACUGGUCAACGCUACUUCCUUAAAUUCUUGUCAGCAUUCAACAUAUUUUACAGAAAUUACAUUGCAUCACCAUCCAAAUGUGGAAGCUGCAUGCCCCCCUGUGAUAAUGAACAGAACUAAUUAGCAUUCCUUCACACAUUAUCUUCUUUUGCAAAUCUGACCAAUUUUUUAAAUAUCUACAUAGAAAACCAGGUACCUAUGAUGACCUAUGACCAUUUUAUCAGAAAUUUAGCCAAUCCUAAUUGCACAUGUCCUAGGCUUGCAGCCAGACUUGUGGGUUUAAAUGCUGCAUUAGCGUGGAUACUUGUGUGCGUUUUUCAUCACUGUAUAUUAUUCUUGUCACCACCACAACUCCCCUGCCUCACCCCUCAUUUGGGAGUUCCGCCUUUCUGCCAUGCAGACAAAACAUGACAAAAUCCUGAAAGUGAUUUCCAUUCUUGAGCACGCCUGGAAAAUACAGACAUUUGGAGGAAGCUCAGUCAAUUGUUGUAAAAUCACAUUGCAAAUGUGUCUUGAACAUGUAAUAGCUCUACACCUGAAGAAAUCACAUAGUUAAAAUCUUGUUGCAAACAUCUCUUGCAUGUAAGACAGCUUCAUGCUUGGAGAAAGCACUUGUUGCACCUAAAUGAUUGUACUGCAGAAAUGCCACUGUAUUUAACUUCAGUACAUUAGAUAACACUAAAAAAAUAUAUGUGUGUAAUUUAGAAUUUUAGCCAGAGCAGAAGGUCCAUGGUAAACAGUAGUUGGGAUAAAUAAUUCUAUCCAUUAUAUGGGUUUUAUCAGUAUUAGUAUUGCAACUUAGUUACACGACAUGGGUACCCUUGAUGGAACCUAUGAUUUUUUUGAAUAUGUGCGUUUAGUGAUUCACAUUUCUUGGAAUGCUUGACACCAUUUUGAACAAGCAUUUUCAUUGUUAAAUUAAGAUCAGUUUUCUCAUAUAUUGCAGAUUUAAUUUAUUUAUUAUAGCCAUUUUGUUUGUAUGAUGUUUCAUGUCUGCUGCAUAAAUAUACUUAUGUAAACUUUUAUGUAUUUUUAAUUAGUGAACUUGAUGACAGAUGUAAUCAUAUGUAUAUGAUAUUGAAGUAGAUGUGCAAGAAUAUAUAUACAUAUAAAUACUGCAUGUAUGUACUUAAAAACUAGGAUGCACAUACCAGUGAAGGCUGUGUUUAGAGUAGAGGUUGACGGGCUUUAUCCUUCUCCCUUAAAUGUGUGGGACAGUAUGAAAGGAAUUUUUUUACUUUUUGGACAAAAGAAAGAUAUUAUAAUACAAGGACCAACAUUCAUGUCAGUACUGUAAUUGACUUGUGAAUCUCUGUAAUAAAAUGUAGAUAUUGUGAA